AUGGAGUAUGAAAACAAUGGUUCAGCAGAGUCAGAGUCAUUUGCUCUGCGAAGCUAUGUCUAUCAAGAAAACUUAGACUAUGUAAAAGACUUAAAUUUUAAAACAAAUGCAAGCAAAAUAUCAGUUCUAGUUAAAUGUGUUUAUCCUGAUCCGGAGAACCCAGAACAGAUCAUUUCUAAGCAUGGUUCACUCUCAAUUUCCUCUGGAAAGCCGAUUAGUCAAAUAUGCAAAGAAUUUCUUGCGACUUAUCCAGAAAUUCCCAACAAAGCUUAUUAUGUUAGCUAUGACCAACUGCUUUUCCGUGAAGGUACAAUAGCGCAAUGUGGAAUAACCCAUGGAAAAUCUGUAGAAUUAAUUGCUCCAGGCAAAAACCAUGCAGCAAAUCAUAAUGAAGGUCUUUUCCUCUUAGUUGUUUCAUUCUUGCCUUUCAUUAUCGGUAUUGCAACAAUUGCUUUGUCAAUGAGUUCUGAAACAUCAAUAAGUACUCAUUGGAAGGCAUUUUUCCUCUUCCUUGGAUUUCUUUUCAUUAUCCCUGCUACUUUAACUGGAAUUGUUGGGAUGAUUUUGAUUCCAGAAUGUCCAAUGCCUUGUUAUUUCCGUGGAACUGAAUGGUGCUGA